AUGUCGCCUAUGCCAGAAUUCCAAGAUACCGAAUCGUCCACUGAUGAUGACUACGAAGAGUCGAUCAACAAUCGUGAUAAUCUGGUCAAAUCUUGGAUGUGUUCGAGAAGAUUCAUUGUGCGAUUUUGGAAGGCUUGGGAAAGUGACUACCUGUUGAGCCUUCGAGAACGAACUCAGCGAGAUCAUAAAUCAGGCAAACUGAUCAAUCGAAGAUUACCGCGGCUGGGAGAGGUAGUAAUUAUCCAUGAAGAAGCAAAACCUCGACCGUUAUGGCGACUGGGUAUGAUCAACAAACUCAACAAAGGGAAAGAUGGAAAUAUCCGUUCUGCCGAGUUAAACUGCGGACCAAACAAAAGCUUAUCGCGCCCACUCAAUCUCCUCUACCCUCUGGAAAUCGACGAAGAAGACGCUAUCCUCGCCAGAACAAAAGCCGUUUGUGAACAAUCUUCGGAACGCGAUAGAGACCAAAAGCAGCCCAACAGCGACAAAACCGAAUGCAAAGGGCCCCUGACUCGAUCAAGAAAAAGAGCACUCGACCUUGGCUCUACAGUAUUUACAUGUCUUACGUUGUUAUCCCUAAUUAUGUCAACUAACGCGUUCACAUCAACAACUACAUGCAAAGAACCAAAAAAAGGUAUAUCUGUGCACUUUCCUACUAUACGGGAUUGCCGUAUCAUGGAACAACACCAGAGAAGCGCCUGGACGAAAGCAGCCGUUUACACGAGGAAAUACGUGACAACUGCAGCCUGUUCAUGCGAAAUUGGCAAUAAUGUAAACAUUUAUGAACGAAAUCGUUCAUAUGUAUUAAUCUGUGUAUCAAUCAAUCUAAACGUAUCAAUCUGUGUAUCAAUCUGA